AUGACUUUUCUUUUCUUUCUCAUUUCCUUCUUCUUCUUCUUCUUCUUCUACUCUUCUUCUUCUCAAAAAAUUUGUCCCAAUUGUGGCCUCCAAAAAGUCCCAUACCCAUUAAGCACUAACCCUAAUUGUGGCAAUCCCGAUUACACUCUCAAAUGCCAUAAUCAAAAACUAUACUUCAAUGCCCUAAAUGGAACUUCAUAUCUUGUCCUCAAAAUCAACCCACAAACUCAAAAACUAGUGAUCCAAACUCAACCAUGGUUACCUAACCAAUGUAUAACUCAAGAUUUCCCGGUUAGCGAAGGACUAUGGUUAAACCAAUCACUCCCAUUCAACAUAUCAUCCCAAAACACCAUUUUCAUCUUCAAUUGUUCCCCUCGUUUACUUGUGUCCCCUCUUAAUUGUACUCGGUCAAGUCUUUGUCAUGAGUAUCUGGAAUACUCGGGCAGGGUUGACCCUGCCCGAGUUCUUCAAUGUGCAAAUACAAUCAACCCAUGUUGUACUUUCAUUGCCGGAGGUCUCCCGUCGGCUUACAAGAUCCGGUUGCAUUCCUCCGGUUGUCGGGCUUUUAGAAGCAUUAUAAAUUUAGAAAAUGAAAAACCCGCAAAAGAAUGGGAAGAGGGGGUUGAGAUUCAGUGGGCCCCACCGCCGGAACCCGUUUGUAAAACUCAAACCGAUUGCUCCGGUGAGUCCAAAUGUGAAAUUACCGAAAAGGGUAUAUCCCGAUGUAUUUGUAACCGACGUUAUUGUUGGGAUCACGUCCUCGGAGUCUGCUCGAAAAAGGGUAUCUCAAAAACCGGGUUUCCGGUCAAGAUUUCGAUCGGGGUGGUCUUGUUUUUUGUGGCGGCGGUGGUGAUGGCCACCGUGACAAUCGGAAAAUCAAGAAGGAUUCGCCGGAAAGCAGAGGUGGCGAAGAAAAGAGAAGAGUUGUUCAAAUCGAACUCCGGGAUGAAAUCCGCAAGAAUGUUUACGUUAAAAGAAUUAAAGACAUCAACAAACGGGUUUUCAAAAGAUCGAAUUUUAGGAAUCGGUGGAUUCGGUGAAGUUUAUAAAGGCAAUCUGCCAGAUGGCACGAUCAUAGCCGUUAAAUCUGCAAAAGUAGGAAACAUAAAAAGCACACAACAAGUCCUUAAUGAAGUCGCGAUUCUUUCUCAAGUCAACCACAAGAAUCUUGUUCAACUUUUGGGAUGUUGUAUUGAAGCCGAACAGCCACUAAUGAUCUAUGAGUUCAUUUCCAAGGGUACCCUUUAUCAACAUUUACACAAAGAGUCCUCCAACUUUUUAAAUUGGCAAUUAAGGGUAAAAAUAUGUUUACAAACCGCCGAAGCGUUAGCAUAUCUUCACAAUUCGGCUCAUACUCCAAUUUAUCAUCGUGAUAUAAAGUCAACUAAUAUACUUUUAGAUGAUGAGUUCAAUGCAAAAGUUUCCGAUUUUGGCCUUUCGAGACUGGCUCGACCAGGGUUGAGCCAUGUAUCAACCUGUGCUCAAGGGACAUUGGGGUAUUUGGACCCAGAGUAUUAUAGAAACUAUCAGUUAACUGAUAAGAGUGAUGUUUACAGUUUUGGGGUUGUGUUGCUUGAGGUUUUGACUACUAAAAAGGCGAUUGAUUUUGAGAGAGGGGAAGAGGAUGUGAAUUUGGCAGUUUAUGUGGCUCAACGGGCGGGCACGGUUAUGGAGGUGGUGGAUCCACGGUUGGUUGGGGAGGAGCCGCCUGGCCCAGUGGUGGUUAGUGUGAAGAUGUUUUGUAAGCUUGCUCUUGCUUGUUUGAGAGAGAAGAAAGGGGAUAGACCAAAUAUGAAAGAAGUCUUGCAAGAACUUCAAUCUAUAGUUGAUAUUUUAAAUCAAGAAGAGGUUUCUAACGAGGAAAGUGCAGUGUCUUUAGGUUGA